AUGAUGCAAAUUGUGUCCCCCAUCUAUGUGCCUGAACUUGAGGAAUUUGAGGAUCUCAGUUUCUUUCACCAAUACCCAAUGGAUUCUCUUUCAUCUCCAUUUGACAACUUUGGCUUUAACUUUGACAACAACUACCAAACAGCACCAAAUUGUUUACCACUUGAAACUCAUCCUGAUGAUCACUAUGUUUCUCCAACAAGACCAACCAAGAAGAUCAAGACAUUAAGUGACACUCAACAAGCCACUGAUUAUUUGAUAGCCUCAAACCCUAAACCUUCUUCUUCUUAUUCAUCGCCUCAACUCAUUUCUUUUGAGCACUUCAAUGCAACGCCAGUUGCUUCUAACAAACUUUUCAACCUCGAUUAUUCUGAUGUAAAGCCUAAACUCGAGAAAGGAUGUAAAGAAAACAAAGAUUUUGCCGCAAAUUAUGAUAUCAGAGUGAAUCAGACUAGGAACACAACUCAAGCAAAAGAACAUGUAUUGGCUGAAAGAAAACGAAGGGAAAAGCUCACCAGAAGUUUCAUUGCUCUUUCUGCCAUCCUUCCUGGUCUCAAGAAGAUGGAUAAAGCUUCUGUGUUGGGAGAUGCAAUAACCUAUAUGAAAAAACUACAAAAACGUUUGCAUACACUAGAGGAACAAGCUGAAGACAACAGAAAAACUGGAUCUGCAAUACAAGUGAAGAGAUCUGUUAUCUUCACUGAUAAACAUGAUGAUGAUGGCAGCAGCAACUCCAACAACAACCAGACACUUCCUGAAAUCGAAGUAAGAGUUUCAAGAAAAGAUGUACUCAUCAAAAUUCAAUGUGAAAAACACAGUGGACGUGCCUCUACCUCUACGGUACUCGGCAAAUUAGAAAACCUAAAUCUCACAGUUCAAAGUAGUAACCUAUUGCCCUUUGGAAACAACAUUCUUGAUCUAACUAUUGUUGCUCAGAUGAACGAGGAAAACUGUGUGACAGCAAAGGAUCUCCUGGGAAGCAUAAGACAGGCACUAAUCAUCAAUAAUAAUUAA